CCUCUCUCUAAACAAAGACACAAUACCAGUCUGAACCUACAGAUCCAUUUUCCCAUCACCCGGGACAGUAUCUUCACAGCGGCUGUGAAAAUUCCAGGCUACUGUAAAAACUCCAACUCGUGCUCACCAGAAACAUCUAAUAGACAACACAAACCAACCGAGAGUAAGAAACUCUGAAAAUGUCCAACAUACGUUCAGUUGCAAAAAGCAAGAGGAAGAAGACGUCAAACGUUUAUAGGACCCCUAGCCUUGGUUACACUAUUCAACAAGGGGAGGACAUGCUUCUGAUCAUCUCCAAUGAGCCCAAGAGGAAAGUCUACAAAAGAAAGAGACUCGGAGAAGGCAGAGCCAGAUGUCCUGCUGUAAAAGUGAAAACGAAGACGUUGAAUGCUGGCAUAAAAUACAAGGUGUCUGCUGAGGAUGUUGGUCACAAGCUGAGUAGACAUAAUUCAGAGGACUGCUAUGACAGAUGGGGUCAGAACCUACCUGUGGAGAUCUUAGUGAACAUAUUUCAGCUGGUGGUUAAUCAAGAAGGAGCUAUACCAUUCCUUUGCAGGGUGAGCCGAGUUUGCAAGCUUUGGAAUGGGGCAGCAGCCAGUCCAGUUCUGUGGUGCAGUGUGUCUGUUGGCUACUGCUGGAUUGAGCCUGGUAAGACACAGUUACCCAGAACAGAACUGAAGAUCCAGAACACUAUAUGCUGGCUGGCUCAGAACAGAUUCACUCAUUUAAGAGAAUUUUCUCUUUGUCACUGGAAAAAACAUGUGGACUAUGUUGUCCAGGUCAUUUCACAGCACUGCCCCCGGCUCUCCGCCCUUAAACUGUCAUAUUGUUCAGGUAUAACUGAGAAGGGCUUUCAGAGCCUUGGGAGCAACUGCCCUGCACUAGAAUGCAUCGACAUGCAGUUCUCAGAGCUACAGGUUGAAGCCCUGGUCAGUUUCCUGGAUACUCAUGGGACUCAAAUAAGAAAAAUUCUCUUCACCUAUGGGUCUAAAAGUGACAGACUUCUGUCUGUUAUUGCAGGAGGAUGUUGCCCUGAACUAAAAUUGCUAGAAAUUAAUACUAAACUGGAUGGUGGGUAUUGUCAACUUCCUAUCUGUAUCCAGGCUUUGCAAAGGGGCUGCCCUAAAUUACAGGUAUUUAGAAUGCUCAAUGUCACGCCAAUGCCCAAAACAAGCCGCAAAGCAUCAUGCUCCACAUCUGGCUUCCCACAUCUGGAGGAACUGUGUAUGGCCUCCUCCUCUGUGUCCUUCAUAACUAAUCAGGACCUGAACACUCUGCUCCACGGUUCACCCAACCUGCGAGUUCUGGAUGUGCGUAACUGUACGCGCAUCACCUCAGCUGUUCUCUCCACACUGCCCUGUGAGAAGCUGGAGUGUCUGUAUUGGGGGCUGUACAUUGGCAGCCACAACAUGAUGUCAUCCAGGAAAGGCAUUCACCUCCUAACAAGGAAGUGGAGCAACACACUACUGGAACUGGACAUCACCAGCCAGGCCUUCUCAGAGGAAGACCUUGAGAUUGCUAUGGGCAACCUGGCUGACGGUGGUGGAGCAGACAGACUGCGUUCUCUCAAUCUCAGUGGGACAAGGAUCACCUCACAUGCUCUCAGAUCGAUUAUAAGACAAUGUUCAGUGCUCAGCUACCUCAAUCUGUCAUCCUGCCGCUAUCUUCCCAGAGGUCUGAAGAGGGUGUAUCGUAGCUGGGAAGAGAUCCAACAACUACUCGACAAAUUGCCAUGAUCUGGAUGAGUAAGAGACCUCACAGUAGUAUAACUGGGUUAAUUUAAAAAGUCCUUUAUAUUCCUUCUUGUGUGCUCAAAUGACCUCUUUACUGUUUUAGUCUGAAAACAUGGCUUGUGUAUCCUGCCAGACUCAUUUUAAAGACUGUAAAUAUUCGUAAUAUUCACAAAGAAACUGCAUUUUUGGGCUUUGAUAUCCCAAGAUUAGAGCUUAUAAGCGUUAAGAAAUUCCUAUUUUAAAAAAAGAUGCAAGUUUUACCUGGGAGAUGUGCUGUGGUAAGGGAGAAUGAAAUUAAAGAAAUACACUGACUGUAUACACACAGCUAAUAGCAUAUGAAUGUUACUGUGAAACAGGGAAAAAUAUGGUGCUGUUUAAAAAUGUUAAUUUUAUACAUUAAUUUAUGUAUACAUAUAGUGUUUUGUACAGUUGUAAGGAUACACUCAGCUCAUUUGAAAAUUUGAAUAGUAACAAAUCAUGGCUGAACUUUGUUCCUUCCUUUUGUAUUCCUGGGGUAUAAAAUGUGCAAAAACAAUUUUUUCCCUAACUGUAAACAAAAUUGUUUUAAGUGCAAAUUCUGGAAUUUCUUGUUCUUAAGGUAUGUAAAAUAAAUGACAAAGCUCAGAUGCCCACAUUCAGACUGUGCGUUCCAGUGCAAGGUGUAAACUGUGGCUAAACAAGAUUGCCUGUGUAUUUCACCCUCUGAUGUAUGGAGGACAAAAAAUGACAUAAGCAUAAAUAAAUAA